GUCUUCUGGUUGACGUAAAAAAAUUACAGCGCGGGAAAAUGUUGCCGCCAAUUUUACUACUGUGGACGUUACUGUCCGUUAUGGUAGCAGGUGCUUGUACGUUUACAUUUCUGCAACCGUUCUGGAUACAACAUGUAGAUUGCGUUCAUGCGUUUGGAAUGGUGAGCUACUGUUAUUUGGAUUCAUUGUUUGAAAAUAAACGAGAAAUAUGUACAGCCUAUGGCGGGUAUUAUCACGUGGGUAAUAUCCCUUCCGGGGCGUGGCAAGCCGCCUGUGUACUGUACGGUGUGGGAUGCAUAUUAAUGUGCUUAUCAGCAUUUUUAGCAUUAUGUACAAUAGGAAUGGUUAAAACUCAUCAUAAAAAAUUCUCACUGCUGUCGGGAUAUUUACAGGCUGUCGCAGUUUUGGUAAUGGCUGCCGGUCUACUGAUCUAUCCUCUCGGACUAAACUCGCCAUUUUUCCGGCAUUAUUGUGGUGAAGAUUCGGCGCCAUUUUAUUUUGGACAAUGUGUGGCAGAAUUGAAUCGUGUUGUCAGUCACAUUUUUACAGGAAAUCCCCAAAGAUUAUCAUAUAGGAACGGAAAUGUUCGAGUUUUAACGCAAAGUAACGAAAAUGAACAGUUUGAUGUUACGUGA